GCCAGAGAGGAGCUGACUUUGCCAUCAGAGCUUUGGCUCUGAUCCAGACAUAAAUUUCUAUUAGGAUGACUUCUGAAAAGACAAGGGAGGUAGUAUAAUAAUGCCUACCACCCCCCUUUAAGUGGAAGCACAUCCAAGAUCGGGCAGGGGCAGAGGGGCAUUGGGCUAGGAUGGAGGGGCUUGUCCCCACUAAAGAAGCUCUCCCACAAAAGACUUAAGGGGGGAGGGCAUCCACAGCCCUUUUCGAGGGAAUGCCUGUGCAGACUGGCAUCUUCUCACAUGCCACCCUUGAGCCCGUAGCCCUCUAUCUCUCGCCUCCCGGCCUUUGCCUCGGCCAUUUUUCCUGCCAACCCGGGUCACACCCAACUCCUGCCCGGGGUGCUUCCACACCUACCCACCUUCUUCACCACAGCCCAUAAUGACUCCUUUCCUCCAAAAAAAAAUGGAAGGGCGGGGCGAUUUCUAUUGCGUUUUAAGAGUAUCUCCUCUGGACCUGGCGAGGGUGUAGGGUCAGCCCGGGAAGGUUGCAUGAGAUCGGGGGCAAGAGGGCUCGCGGAACUUUCCAGUGCAUGGAGCGAUUUUCCUGCAGGAAAGCUGGGAGGACGCACCAGCCUGGGUGCAUUGGUCGCGGGCAAGAGUCGUUUCUCAUCCCUCCUUCCGGGUCCGAACGGUAUUCGGGUGGCGCCUGCGCAGGGAGGGAGGACAACCUGCGCUUGCGUGGAGACCGGAGACUCGAAUAAAUGAGCGCGCGCCUGGGCCAGCUAACGUUUUCCCGGUCGGGCCGUUGCGAGAGCGCGCGCGCAUCUUUGCUCUCUCCGGUCCUCCUCCUCCCCUUCGGCGCGGGCCCGCACCUGCGCGUCAUAGAGACCGCGAGCCUGCCCGUCCCACCUAACGGUCUUUUCCGAGAGAGUGAGGGUCGCGCCUGCGCGUGAGUGUCUCUGGACGCGCGCCUUAGCCCCUCACGGGGAAGUGCGCCUGCGCGGGGCCCUUAGCGGCGCACACCACCCCCACCCCGGUUCCGCCCUCACCCCGGUUCCUCCCCCUCCCCCGGCCGGAGGCGGCAGAUGUGGGGCCUGGAGCGCCUACCCCAGGAGGUGGAGGACGAGGAGGAGGAGGAGGAGGAGGAGGAGCCGGAGCCACCGCUGCCCCUGGUGCCGAGGGGGCCCCGGUGUGCCCCGCUGCCGCCCCCCUCAACGCACCUGGAAUCAUUUGGAGACCAUCAGGGUGAGGAACCUCUGAACUUGGCAGAGUGUCUGAUGGAUUUUUCCUGUUCACAGGGUUUACAGAUGGAUUCAGCAGAAAAGACAACUAAUAGAAGUGAACACAAAUCCAGGAAGUUUUUAAAAAGUCUAAUAAGGAAGCAACCCCAUGACCUCUUGCUGGUCAUUGGGACAGGCGUCAGUGCAGCUGUGGCCCCUGGCAUUCGGGCCCUUCGCUCCUGGAGGAGCUGCAUCGAAGCCGUCCUUGAAGCAGCGGAACAACUAGAGGUCCUGCACCCGGGAGAUGUCGCAGAAUUUAGAAAGAAAGUGAAGAAAGACCGAGACCUGCUUGUAGUUGCUCAUGACCUGAUCCGAAAGAUGUCACCGGAUUCUGGGAUGCUGCCUGGCAUGCCAAGAGGAGCAGUCUAUUCCAUGGAGAGAAGGCGGGACUUGGAAUUGGCUCCCAGCUCUGCCCAGGAGCGCACGGGGGAUACCAAACCCAACUUCUUCCAGGACUGCCUGAUGGAAGUCUUUGACAACUUGGAACAGCACAUUCAGAACCCCACAGUGCUGCAGUCCAUCCUUACCCUAAUGGAACGUGGGACCAUGGUUCUUACCACCAACUAUGACAACCUUCUGGAGAUCUUUGGCCAACAACAGAAUAAGCCCAUGGAAUCUUUAGAUCUGAAGGAUAAAACCAAGGUUCUCCAGUGGGCCAGAGGACACAUGAAGUACGGAGUUCUUCACAUUCAUGGCUUAUACACAGAUCCUUGUGGGAUGGUUUUGGAUCCUUCAGGAUAUAAAGAUGUGACUCAGGACCCAGAAGUAAUGGUAUGCUGUCAGGACCAGCAGGGACCACCUGGUUGGGGGUCCCGAGGGGAAGUUCUUCAGAACCUGUACCGGACCAAGUCCUUUCUGUUUGUGGGAUGUGGUGAAACGCUGAGAGACCAGAUCUUCCAGGCCCUCUUCCUUUACUCGGUCCAGGACAAGGUGGACUUGGAGCAUUUCAUGGUGGUACUCAAGGAGAACGAGGACCAUUUCUUCAAGCACCAGGCUGAUAUGCUUCUGCAUGGCAUCAAAGUUGUCUCCUAUGGGGACUGCUUCGACUACUUCCCAGAAUAUGUGCAGGACCUUGCGACCCAGAUCUGCAAACAACGAAGUCCAGAUGCUGAUCGAGUGGACAGUACAACAUUAUUAGGGAAUGCCUGCCAGGACUGUGCCAAGAGAAAGCUCGGAGAAUACAGCAUUGAUGUUCCCAAGAGAAUCCGCCAGUCAGAUCCAGAUGACUCUGGAGGGUCCUGAGAUCCCCAGACUCCCAGAGACCUGUGCCUGGAAAACCAACCUCUAAGCAGCCACAGUGCCGGACCCACACUCAAGACACCGACACCGGAGGGCAUCACCUACCCCGCCAACCCUAAGAGAGCCCCAAGGAGUGUGGCCGGGGUGGGGCCACCUCUCUGUGCGCUUAACUACUAGCAAUCAACAUUUUUACCUUUUCAGGUAUACUUGGAAAGAACUGAAGGACCACUGUCUCAGGGAUAAAGUCCAAUGAUGGCC